GUCUUCAGUGGACUCAAGAUUGUUGUUGCGUACCUAGUAGUCAGUGCGGUAUGAUACCUAGGAAGCUUUUACCAUGGAGAACUACGGAUUUUCGAAUAUCAGGAAAUCCGAUAUGGUCAUCCUUGUCAUGGGAAUAACGGGUUCUGGGAAAAGCUCAUUUAUAUCUACCGUUCUCGAAGAAGAUGUUGAUAUUAUUGGUCACAACCUCACUUCCCACACAUCGGGCGUUGACUUCUUCACCUUGGAAUACGACGACGGACGCCGCGUGUUCCUUAUGGAUACGCCUGGGUUUGACGAUACUUACCGUUCCAAUGCCGAAGUUCUAAAGGAUAUUGCAUUUGUACUAGCCCAAGUUUAUCGUCACAAACUCAAUCUGGCUGGUGUUGUCUACUUGCACCGCAUAACCGACAACCGGGUAUCUGGGUCCUCUGUCAAGAACAUCGAUAUAUUGCGAAAGCUGUGUGGCAUACAUGCGUUCCCGAGAGUAGUGUUAACAUCUUCCAUGUGGGACUCGAUUGACCAAGACGCGAUAUUGCUCCAGAAGGCUUUCUGUAACGAGGACCAGUUGAAAAACACGGAAAACUUCUGGGGAUCGCUGGUAGAUGGGGGAAGCCAUGUCAUGAGAUGGACGGGCGACAAAGAGUCUGCUCUUGGUGCCAUCAGCCAUCUAAUAAACCUCCACGAUUUGCAUGGUAGUAUCGUAUUGAAGAUACAGCAGGAGUUGGUGGAUGACGGAAUAAAUCUGAACGAUACCGAGGUCGGGAGAGCGGUCCAGGAUGUUUUUGUCCAAGCUCUAGCAAAACACCAAGACGAUCUUCGAGACAUAACAUCUCAAUUUCGCCAAACACUUCGGGAUGGCAACAACAAAAUGGCACUCGAGUUGCAAGAGACGUUAAAUGCGACGAGAAAACAGAUAGAAAGCAUCGAGUCGUCGCAAUCAACUAUCCAGACAAGCUUGGAGAAGCUCGCAAACGAUAAGACCAAGGAGUACAGCAGAGUACUUGCGCAGGUUCAAGAGGAUCAACGACUCAUGAUGAAAAUGAUGAAACAAUGCCAAGAUGAUUACCAAAGGCUCAUAGAAGAGGAGAAGGCCAAUAUGGAAAUACUUCGAGAGGCCCAGCGGGAGAGUGAGCUCGAGAGGUUCUCACAAGCCGAUACGCUCUCAGACACAUCCGAUUCUGAGGACGAAGUCGACGAAGAGCUUCGAAAGCAAAUCGAAGAAGAACAAGCAGAGUUAGCGGAAAGUAAGGCGGACCUAGAUAAGAAGAUGAGACGCCAGAGGAGGAAAAUGCUAGUGAAGAAGAAUUCGGUUCCCAUGUUGAGUAUCCUGGCAGGGAUAGGGGCUACAGUAGGGGGUGGCCUGUUGAUCAACCCAGGUCUCAUCGCUGCUGGUGUCGGACUUAUGGCGAGCGGUGCAUCGAAGCUUGAUUUUAGUAAAAAGCCGUAUACGAGGGAGGAGGAACCACCGCCAACAACGGAGUCAAUGAUAUCCUUGGCUUCAGAUGUAGAUUAGGUUGGCCAAUGUGUUGCCGGGAGUUGACAGUCGGUGUUAUAUAGGGGUUGAAUUCACUAUAAUAGCGUCUUAGCUAGGAGGUACAUAGCAGUGUAGCACAUACCUGACUAGUGUGUGUAACCCUAA